UGUGAUUCUAACGUAACAUUUACCACAUUUCCUGUUUUAUUCGGGUUUUUUUGUCAUAGUUUCUGGCUCUGUUAUGUUAUUAAGCAAUUAGCGAGCCAAAUUAGUCAAAUUGAGAGAAAUGUAAAGUCUCUCGGUGUCGGGUGUGCGGGGGAAUGUUUUGAUGUAACACAAGGAAAGGGUCCAAGGGGAACAUGGCAGCUUGCAUCAGUGCUAAAUCUGGAUUAUUAAGCAGUAAAACCUCGCUGAUUCACGGUCUUUACAGAACGAUGUCCCCGAAUAGUGUUUGUAUCCAACGGGCGGCUGAAAUUCAGAGUGUGAGAGCUUCAGCUAAUGCAACAGUAGACCCACAACACAGUGAAAAGUACUGUCUGGACUUGGUCAGGUCCAGAGACUAUGAAGGCUUCAUGUCUUCGCUCCUCCUCCCGUUGGAGGCACGGCGCUCCUCUCUGGCUCUAAGAGCCUUUAAUGUGGAGCUGGCACAGGUGAAGGACUCAGUUUCCCAGAAAACCAUUGGUUUAAUGCGAAUGCAGUUCUGGAAGGCAGCCAUAGAAGAAAUCUACAGGGAUGAGCCUCCAAACCAACCAGUCAGUUUGGAGCUUUGGAGGGCAGUGAGGACACAUGACCUGACCAAAAGAUGGCUGCUGAGGAUCAUAACAGAGAGAGAAAAGGAUCUGGAUGAUAGAGCCUACAGAAACCUUCAGGAAUUAGAGGCAUAUUCAGAGAACACACAGUCCUCCUUGAUAUACCUGCUGCUGGAGUGUUUAGGCGUUAAAAACGUCCAUGCAGACCACGCAGCGAGUCACAUUGGCAAAGCUAAAGGAAUCGUAACGUGUCUCAGAGCUACUCCUUAUCACAGCAGCCGGCGGAAAGUCUACCUGCCCAUGGACAUCUGCAUGCUGCAUGGAGCUUCUCAGGAGGACUUCAUCCGUGGCAGUCGGGAGCAGAACAUUCGGGAUGUUGUGUAUGACAUCGCCAGUCAGGCUCAUGUGCACCUGCAACACGCUCGAUCUUUUAGCAACAGUGUUCCAGCAGCGGCCACUCCGGCCUUCCUUCAUACAGUGGUGUUGGAGGACUACCUGCAGAGAGUGCGGAAGGCAGAUUUUGAUGUUUUCCACAAAAGCCUGCAAACCAGAAACCCACUCCUUCCCAUCCAGCUGUAUAUCCGCUCCUGGAAGAAGACCUACUGACUUCAGUUCUCCUCCUCGGCCAGUCGUCCCGGUUUGUUUGCAGCCUCUAGGAGCUGCAGGACUAAAUCCCAGAGACUUCACCUCUCUGGGGAUUUCUGCCAGUCGACUGCCCUAAAGCAGGCUUGGAAACAUUUUGAACCUCAGUCCUGCCACUGAAGUCUGCCUUCAGAGAAAAACACCAAAACCAUGAGCCAAUCCAGACCGUUGUUUUCAGACCUCUGGUUCAAGCAGCAGCUUCGGUCGGUAAAAACGUCAGUGAUUUAGCCAGAAGAGUUCGCUGGGCAUGCGGAUUAUGUCAUACAUCAGACAGUAUUUAAUGAAUUAUUUGAAAAUGUGCAAACAAUGUCAUUCUUGAACAUAUGUCUUUUAAAUUAUAAUCCUGGUUAAUUACAUCUUGGGUCUUUUUUUGUAGUUUUAGCUAACACUUUAAUAAAUAACUUUAAAGAUAAACUGCACUGUAGUUGACACAAGUAGUUAAUGGGAGUCCUGGCUUAUAUUUACAGUUGAGUUUCAGAUCUGCCACGCUGGACUCAUUUAUUGUUUGUGAUCAGGCCGUGUCAUUCCCCAGAGUAAGUGCGUUAAUAUUUUCUCAUUUACAGUGUAUCAACAUUUUACCACUGAAUUAGCACCUGCCAAGGUAAUGAAUUUGUAUUUCACACUGUCUAGUCACUGAAUGAGAGGCAACCACUGAGUAAUCACCUCGUUUCUGUUCAUUCAUUUACACGGAGAGCACAAACAGGGUGAGCAGAAGGUUUGUAGUUUGAUCACUGUGGUGGAACUUCUGGUGUAACCUCACAUCCUAUGCAUGCAGCCACUGUAGGGUCUCUUACCUCACUAUAAAUCCAGCUGUAGCUCCUCAGAUCUGUAAAAAUGGCAUCCCUUAAAUGCAGCGUGCAAAUGUGAUCCACUAGUUUUUGUGAAAUUCAGUAUCUCCUGACAGUCACUGGCUGUCCAUUAUGUGUGUCUGUUGCAAAAAAUAGUCUUAUAUUCAUGCACAAACCUGUCCUGUGUACGUUAAUACUUGAGCAAAGGGAAAAGCAGCGGGAGGGAGUCUGUCUGGUACAUCUGAACCAUCUAAAUGCGCUUUGAAUUCGGGCAAACUUACCUGAAAGAUCACACAAACUGUCCAUAGUUCACGCUUAUCGCAGGUUACACACCAACAUCUUUGCUUUGACAUGGACCGAAUACAUGCAGCAAGCAGACUUCUCAUUCUGUAGUACUUGUCCAGAGAAUGGUUGCUAAACCUCACAGCAUUGUGCUGCUGACACAACUUGCUCUGUAUGUGCAUUGAACAGGAAAAAUGAGGGAGAUUGCUCUGUCUUUAUUACAGUACAACCAUGAGGGCCAAAGUGUAUGAUAUUUAAUUACAGAAACACGUGCAGGAUGUGUUGUAUAGCGGGGCUUUAUCUUCACUGCAGCAAAGUCAGGAAACCAUGCAGCUGGUAAACAUUGAUAAAUGACUGUCCUCGGUGUUGGUUGUGUUAUGUUGCCUGUUUUGUCAUGCCCAAAUGGUUCAUUCAUUCAUGUUUUUUCACACAUGCACAUCUCCUAUUUGUGUGUUAGCUUCAGGACACCUCAUCUACAAAUCUGAGAUGUACAGAAUUCACUUCUCUGCGCCGUUUGUGUUAGUUCAGUUCUCGUACAUCCGCCUGCAGUACGUCGUAUUUUAACAGUAAAACUCAUUCUGUGUUAGCUUAAUACGAACAUGUCCAUUCUUCAUAAGGCAGGGGGAGCGUUCUGGUCAUAGUUCCUGAGCUGCUGACAGCUGAACACCUGCUGGUUUAACCCAUUUGUCUGACUUCAGAGCACACAAGCUGCCUUCUCACCCUUCUUCCAUCACAGUUUAAUUUUUUGAUUUGAGAAAAGAUUAAUGUUUUGAGGGUGCAGGUUCACUGCCUGGUCUUUGAUAAUGUCCAAAUCAGCUUGAAAAGGUCUUGAAUUGCUGAAUUUUAGGGGGACACAACUUGAAUAUCUCACUGCUUUUAAUGGAAGAACUAUAGAAAUAAGACCCAUGUUAUAACAAGCUCAUAUUAUCCGUUACAUUUUUUGGUUACAGUGGAAUAAUGAGAGGAACAAGAAGAAGAUAGAGGAGAGAUGGGAACGUCUGGUGGAAAAGCUGCUGUACAACCAUAAUGGUUGCUAUGGUAACAUGAGAAAGUCUCUUAUCCAUACAUUCUGCAAUUUUUACAGCGUACUCGGCUCCUAAAUGUGAAUCUUCAGUUCUGAAAUUAUAAAAAGAAAAUUUACGCUGUAAUUGUCUCCUCUGUUCAUCAAACACAGAGUUGCUAUAGUGGAAAAUAUAGCAGAGAGCUUUGAUAUGAUUUGUUCUAAAGUUCUGGAGGCCCAUGGGACCACUGAGAGGAGAGAAACGAUCAAUAGAAAGAUCAGAAUCUCCAGAGAUAAUGAGACAGAAGAUAUUCACUCAAGCGGCAGACAGUAUCAAAUAAGAAACAUUUCAUCUUUGAAUAGGCUCGAUACAAAGUGCCCCUGCGGAGAACUGUUUGAAGUUUGCUACUGCACAAAAUAGCUCGGUAUGUUCAAACUGUCUGAGAGUUAGAGUCCCUUUAUCAGAUGAAUCCGGUCUUCUGCUGCUGUUAUACAACCAAACAGAGCCCUAAACAGAAAGAAAGGAGCUGGUCCGAGUCAAUUUUACGUCACGCUGUGACCGGAAAACCUCCAGAACUUUGGGACCAAUCGCAGCUCUGGAAACUGAAACACAACGGCAAAUCGUUUCUGUAGGAUAAAGUACCACCAGCAUCUUUAAAUAAAAGAUCAUUUGGGACUGUUUCUUA